AUGAAAAAGGAAAUUGAUUUUAACAUUUGUUAUGGAGAAGAAAAGCAAAAUUUGAUAGGCUUAUUAAUUGAAAAUAAUUUUGAUGAAAUAUAUGAGCCGAUAACUACUGAAAGUUUAAGAUUUUUUUUGCCCUUAAAUGGAGUUUACUUAAUUGAUUUUCAAUUACACUUUUUCAGACAAAAUAAUAUAAAAAAAAUAUAUAUAGUUGUAACUCAUCAUGAAAAGGAGUUGCUAAACUAUAUUGAAAAGUUUCAGAAGAAAAAAAAAAAAUAUAAUGAUUUAGAUAUUGAAGUAAUUAAAAUGAAUAAAAAAAUAAAAACAUUGGGAGAUGCAUUAAGAGAUUUUAAAAAAUGUGUAGAGAUAUAUGAUGAUAUUUUAUUAUUACUUUCUGACACCGUUCCUGUAGCUAAUAUAAAAGAAAUCAUUAAGGCUCAUUUUACGAAUAAAGAAAAAUGCAAAAAUCAGAUAAUGACCCUUAUAUUAUCUCACUGUACAUAUGAAAAUAGAUCAUUUAAUGAUGAUUUUGUAAUUGCUUAUGAUAACUUCACUUUCAAACUUUUAUUAUUUAAACCUUUAAAAAACAAAAAUAAUUUAAUUUUAUCCAAAGAAAUAUUGGAUGAAAUAAAUAGUAAAGAGAAAAAAAAUACAAAAAAUCAAGAAAAAAAUUUAAAGACAAAUAACAAGGAAUACACUAAUAAUUCUUAUAAUUUAAAUACGUCAACUAAUUCCAUAAGAAUUGCUUAUGAUUUAGUUUUACCUAACAUUUUUAUUAUCACACCUCAAGUUUUCAAAUUAUUCGAAGAUAAUUUUGAUUAUCAGUGUAUGCGUAAAGAUUUUAUUUAUAAUAUAUUAAAUCAAGAAAUAAAAAUAGAAGAAAUAUACGUACACGAAUUAAACGACGAUUAUAACUACACAGAAUGUAAUAACAUAAUAACUACCUUAUCAGAUUUUAGAAUUUACUUUAAAUUCUUUAAGACGUUAAUAGAAAAAAAUGUUCAUCCAUUUCUUUCAAAUGCUAAUUAUCUUCUACCUGAAUUUCCAAAGCUUAUUUUUAAUGAGCCAGGUGUGUACAGAUCAAAAAGUGCUGUUAUUGAUCAUUCAUGUAAACUACUAAAAAUAGUAUUAAUUGAAAGUUAUAGUGAAAUAUUAGAAAAUUCAACUAUUGAAAAUUCAGUAAUAGGAAAGAAUUGUAAAAUAGGAAAAAAUGUAAAAAUUGUGAAUAGUAUUAUAGGAAAAAAUUCUAUAAUAAAAGACAAUGUAGUUAUUUUAAGUUCAUAUAUAAGUGAAAAUGUUAUUAUAAAUGACAAUGUUUUUAUUGAUGAAUGUUGUGUAAUAGGGAAAAACAUGAAUAUACCUUGUGACAUUAAAAUAAAUAAGUAUAUGAGAUUAAGUGUUUAUAAAUAUUUAAAAGAAAAAAUUAAACCAAAAAAAAAUAAGGAAAUUUUAAAUAUAAAUAGGAAAAGAGAAGACAGUGAUAAUAAAAAUAGUCAAUCAAAUUUUCAAGAGCAUUAUCCACUAAAUAAAGAAAAUGAUGCAAACCAAGAAAAAAAUAAUUAUAAUAUUUUAAAUUCUGAACCAUUUGAAUUAAAUAAUUAUAUAGUAAAGACAAAAUAUUCAGAUGAUCAAUUAAGAUUAUUUUCAUUAAUUGGUAAUUUACAAAAUUAUAUAAGCAUAAAAAUUCCUUCAUCCUCUUCGGAAAAUGAUUCACAUGAAGAAAGUGGUAAUUCAGACUAUUCUAUUUCUAAAAGCAAUAAGACAAUAAGUGAUGAUAGCAUAAGUUACAAAGAAGAUGAGUUAAAUAACGAUUUUAAGAACCUUGAUGAUAUAAGCAAUCACUUCACUAAUGUAAAUGAGGAAAAAGAAAAAAGUUCUUUUGUAAAAGAAAUAUCUAUAUUAUGCAAAGAAGCUAUUGAAAAACCUCAAUAUAUGAGCCACAAAAUUUUAGAAAUGAAAAGUUUUAGACUCUCUUUAAAUUACACCGAUCUAGAUGUUAUAAUUUCUUUUUUCCCUGUUUUUUGGGAGUUCAUUAAUAAUAUUAAUUUUGACAAAAACACAUGGAUAGAAAGUUUUGAUAAUACUAAAUUAGAUUUAUUAUUUUCUUCUUUUCUUCUAGAUGAUCAAUUAUAUUAUGAAACAAUAUAUGACCUAAUAUUAAAUUUUUCAAAAAAACAAUUUUUAACUAAUAAUGUAAAAAAUAAUGUAUAUGGAUCAGAUAAAUUAUGUAAUGCUUUUGAAUAUAUAUACCAUUCGGAUAUAUUUGAAUUUCAUUAUUUUAAUGAAUGGAUGAAAAAAAAUGAAUCAGAUGAUUAUUUGAAAAAUAAUGAACGGUUAAAAGCUUUUGCCAAAUGGUUAUCAGAAGAGUAA